AUGGAGUUUGUGGAUGCGAUUGCAGAGCUCAAGGCCCUGCCGGAAGGCACCCAUCUCCUAUGCCCGCGACAGAAUGAGGACGAUUAUGGACGAUACGAUGAUUUGACCCAAGUGAACGAGGACGGGAAAAAGGUCAAGGACCUCGUGGUGGAGGCCAAGGCUCGCAAAGAAAAAUUUCUCUCGUCUAUGCGUAUCCUUGCCUACAAUGCGGAUGGUGUGGAGGACCUACAAGCUUGGGUUUUGAGGAGACUGGACGAUUCGUUGGAGCAAUGUGAUCUCUGUAUCAAGGAGUACUACACAGGGAAGAUCUGGCUCAUGGAACUUCUCAAGGAGAACUACCAGGAGGAGGACAUCGAGGCAUUUGCUCAGCGGGUUGAUGAGUGGGACAUCAAGCGCAUCACACGAAAUCUGGCAACCGCUACAACCCAGCUGAAAAGUGUCCCACCACAACAGAUUGCGUUGGAUACAUUGGACCGGGCAGCCUUGUUAGCCAUUUUUGAAACCUUGAGUUGCGAGGCCAUGCUUCGCAGUGAUAGUCUCCUUCAAGAGCACUUCGACGAACCCUUCAAGCUCAUCCAGACAAAACGCACAUUGAAAAUCUCCGACUACGUGCCGGCUGUGAGCCGCUUCUUGUUUGACUCUAACCAGCUUCGGAGCUUCUGGGCCAUCUCAACAUGGACGCGCUACAACCGACCCCCAACAACGCUGGAAUUCGAAUGGGCUCUGCGUGAUGGAAUUCUCAGUGCAUUGCACGCUGCCUCACAACAACCUCCACAGAUGCCGCUUAUCCAACGGCUUUGGCGUGGUAUGCAACUCAUUCUUAAGAAAUUGGACAAAGAACAAAUCACGCACCAGCUCCGGGCCUUAGACAUUGAUCCUUGCCGCCUCUCUGUUGAUCAUCUAGCCAUUCCAACCCCGGGCCUUCGAUUCCUCCUCAACACCAUACAGAUCUUUUUGGAAAAGGCUCCAGCCGACUUCUGGGAUGCGAUGCAGACCAUAUCACCACAGGCGCUUAUUGAGCAGACCUUCCACAAUCCUCAGUUCAGUCUCUUUUUGACGCAGGUCCAAGAGGGAGAGCCCUGGGAUAAGUCAGUCUUAAGAGACAUCCUAUCAUGGAUCGUUCCAUUUUUGACAUCUCUAAAAGGCGCUCAUCAGCCAUCUGCAUGUCGAGCCUUGGCUUUACCCCUACUAAAGCUCUUCCAAGACCCGAAGUUCCCGAACUUGGCUCGUUACCACUGCUUCCACGCUGGAUUAAUCAGUGUUUUGCAUACCUUGCGGUUUUUCACAGACGAUGAAGCUUCACGAGGCUCAGUUGCACGAGUGGUCCUAAAAGAAACCAUGGAAGUGCUCGGAGAUACCAUCCACAUCAUUCUGAACCCUCCGACGUUUGCUAUUGAGGCACAGCUGCAGAAGAAUAUUGUCUCACUCUGUAUGGAUGUUGUUCGUAAUACGCUGGCCCUUGAGUGCCAAUCACUGAAGAGUGACUAUGAGGUCAUCCUGAGACAAGGAACACUCUCGCAUGGAGUUUCUACGUACUCGGCACCCAUAUGGGAGGCAGUCAUAAAACACCUCCACCCAAACAAUCUCUCCCUAUCCCAGUCUGCUCUUCUUGGAAUCCUACCAUUAGUGGGAUUAGAGGGGUUCCCAACGCCCUCGAAGAGCGAAGGGAACCAAGAGAAAAAACACUUCAACAUGAUCUACGGCCAACUCACAAAACUCUUGUGCCAGAUCAUCGAACGACUAUCGGAUUUCCCGCCGGAGCAUUUGAACCAUUUGUUUUCAGUGCAAGACACAGCCAGUGCACUAAUCUCUGCACUCUUCGCUGCUGACCUGGAUACCUACCAAGCCUCCGUUGAUUUGAUCAAAAACGUGAGCGGUCAAUCUGCCCGACGUGACGCGAUAUCUCAUUUGCUGGAUACGUUCUUCCUCCCCACCAUGUAUGGUCUGAGUUGGUCUUUCCGGCGAAUUUCCAACAUGAAGACGUUUGGCCCCGCCCCUCGAAUGCUUCAUACAGGCACCGAUAUUGUAGAGAUUCUGUGUAACAGCCAGACCGGUAUGCUUCGAACGCGCAAUCUCACUGAUCGUAAAGAGAUUAUGUCAUUGCAAAAACUAUGGGAAUUUCUGUGGUCAGCAUUGAGUACAAUCUUUGACGAGACGGAAGCCUGGCACCUUCGUGGUAAUGACAAGUCCGUCAUGCUAGAAUUCUGUCGAGACACGAUCCAGUUUGCAGAUUUCCUCUUUGAUCAGUAUGGAGUGUUCUCAGGUGCCUUGGGGGGGACGGAAUCUGAGCAGAAGUCCGUUUCAGAAAAUCUUCUCAAUUAUCCCAAUCGAACCAUGAAUGCCAUGGUCAAAUGGUUGAGAUUGAAAGAUGAAUACCUAGCCAAUACCCUAGUGGGGUUAGUAGCAAAACUCUUACGGAGACUGGGGUCGCUCAAUGUGGAAGUGAGUGCAGAAGCAGGGUUGAGGUUUAUUGAGGGGGUUGCUGUCAAUGCCACUAUCAAGACAAUCCUCACCCCGCGUGACAAAGCCGAAUUGGUACGGGCGUUGGAAGCCUACCAAAAGAAGCCUGUAGUCACUGCUUCCACCGCGUCCCUCAAAAAACAGUCCUCCAUUACUUCUUUUGCGAAACCUUCCGACCCUUCACACACACUCUCGCCCUCUCACGCUCACAGCCCAAGCGAAGAUGAUUUUGAUGACAUUCUUGAAUCAACACUAGAACUUUCUCGUUCUGUUGAAUUAAAUAAAGAUCGCCGUGCCGCCGCCCAAGCAAAGCGCAGACCGGAAGCUUCCACCAAAAUGCAACCCUCUGCCAUUCACAGACCUCUGCCGCUUUCGAGGCAUGGUGCUCCUCCCCCACCUAUACGAUCUUCUGCAAAUGAUGUCACCAAUGUCUUAUCUUUCCGCGAGAAACGAGAGCGUGAGAAGGAAGCGAAGAAGAGACGUGAUCAAGUUGAGCUUGCACGUCUCAAGGGUCACCUCCCCGCUGGGGUUGGUGGGCAAACAGCCGAGCAGGGCUCAGGCUUAAAAGGUAUUGGUAUUAUGGGUAAAGAUCAUGCAGUUCCUGCAGCAGAAAGUAUGAUGGUUUCUUCUGGUUCUGAUACUGAUUCGUCGAGUGAAGAUGAACUUCAUAAAACCCUAUUUGGUGCCAAGGCCAGGAAACCGGAGGCCGUGGCCGCUUAUGAACAAAGCAAGAAGACUUCUCUCCAGCAGAUGCCCGUGAAAAAGGUUAAACGCCACCGCUCCAUGAAGGAUAUGCGUGCUCGUUUGGCUCCUGAUCUUGCCUCACUGCACCAUGCUGUUUUGUCCUGGGACUAUUUUGCAUCUGGCGAUCAACCCCCAAGCACAGAAGGUAUCGACUAUGCCCGGGUCGCUAACACGUACCGCUCUCCCAAUGAUUACCAGAGUACUUUCCAGCCCUUGUUGAUCCUGGAAGCCUGGCAGGGAUUCCAACAGGCCAAGGAAGAAGGAUCCUCCCGGCCAUUUGAAGUUAAGGUCAUGUCCCGAUUGAUCGUCGACUCCUGGAUCGAAUUUAGCACCCAACCCCUGGGUCUCCCCGUGAAGGAUUUCAGUCUUGGUGAGGGCGACCUGAUCCUAUUUUCGAGCUCAUCCAACCCCACUGGAGACCCCAAGGCUGGCCAUCUCCUCGCGCGUGUUUGCGGUGUCAAUCGUAAAGGUGGGAAACAGGAAGUCACAUAUCGCACAAACCCAGGAAUAGGAGCCGGAGCCAACAAAUAUCUCUCGUCAUUUUCCACGGGAACUACUGCCUUUGCCGCCAAGAUCACAUCCUUGACCCCCGUGGAGCGUGAAUUCGGUGCCUUGAAUGCCCUUCAAUACUAUGAUUUGUGCGAGGAAAUCAUUUUGGCCAAACCUUCCCCAAUCCUCACGUAUGCGGAGUCGAAGCUCGAGCCUUUCAUCAAUACUUACACAAUUAAUCUUGCUCAAGCCAAGGCGAUCAAGUCUGCCAUUGACAAUGAUGGCUUCACUCUCAUUCAGGGACCUCCUGGUUCCGGUAAAACCAAAACCAUCACUGCUCUCAUCGGCAGCCUUCUUUCCAAUGCCCUGGAAAAGGCUGGGGUCUCAAUCGGAACGGGAUACUCUUCCGGAAAGCCUCCACCUACCCGGAAGAUACUGGUCUGUGCGCCUAGUAACGCCGCUGUCGACGAACUUGUCAUGCGUUUGAAAAAGGGAGUCAAAACGACCCAUGGCCGUGACGAAAAGAUUUCCGUCGUUCGUCUCGGAAGAGGUGAUGCAAUCAACUCCAAUGUGCUCGAUGUCACUUUGGAUGAGUUGGUGGCUGCUCGCUUGAACAAAGAUCCUGCCUCGAACAGUGCCGUGGAUAUGAAGAAGCUGUACGAGGAGCACAAGAGUACCGAUAAUUCAUUCAAAGAGGCUCGUUCACGUCUCGAUGAAUGUAGAGCAAAGGGAUUGCCCGCUCCAGAUGAGCUUGAACGUGAAUUCGAAAUGCUGAAAAAGAAACGGGCUCAGCAUAGUGCGGCCAUCGACAAAGGCCGCGAUCAAACUCAUACUAAUGCCCGCAAUGCGGAUCUACACAAGAAGCGUGUCCAACAAGAGAUCAUCAAUGGGGCACAUGUCAUCUGCGCUACUCUCAGCGGUUCUGGUCACGAAAUCUUCCAGUCAAUGAGUGUUGAGUUUGAGACCGUCAUCAUUGAUGAGGCAGCCCAGUGUAUCGAGCUAAGUGCGUUGAUUCCUCUCAAAUAUGGCUGCUCCAAGUGUGUGCUUGUUGGUGAUCCAAAACAAUUGCCACCCACCGUCCUCUCCCGGAUGGCGUCCAAAUUCUCCUACGAGCAGAGUUUGUUCGUCCGCAUGCAGAAGAACCACUCACGCGACGUGCAUCUGUUGGAUACUCAAUAUCGUAUGCAUCCAGAUAUCAGUCGCUACCCCAGUUUGACCUUCUACGACGGCAAGCUCGAGGAUGGUCCUAACAUGACCAAGAUCAACACCCGUCCUUGGCAUCAAAGUGAAUUGCUUACCCCCUAUCGAUUCUUCGAUGUCCAAGGAAUGCAUUCAAGUGAAGUCAAGGGCCACUCGCUCGUCAAUUACGCAGAAUUGCAAGUCGCUAUGCAGUUGUAUGAUCGCCUGAUUACUGAUGUCAAAGAAUACGACUUUGAUGGCAAGAUCGGCAUCAUCACACCCUACAAGGGUCAACUGAGAGAGAUGAAGACUCGGUUUGCCCAAAGAUAUGGUGAGGAUAUUCUAAAGAAAGUUGACUUCAACACGACCGAUGCCUUCCAAGGACGUGAAAGCGAAAUUAUCAUCUUCUCCUGUGUCCGUGCCUCGACCAACAAGGGCAUUGGUUUCUUGUCCGAUAUUCGCCGUAUGAACGUCGGUCUUACCCGUGCGAAAACCUCUUUGUGGGUCCUUGGUAACUCCCGGUCCCUGGAGCAGGGCGAGUUCUGGAAUGGACUCAUAAAAGAUGCACGCAAUCGGAGUGUUUACACCGAGGGCAACAUUGUUCGUCUCCUUGAGAAGCCGCAAUUUACCGGAUAUAAGGAAGUGCAAAUGGGAGAAAUCAUCGAUCUUGAGUCCGAAGAAGCACCACAAACCCCCGUCGAGUCCGUUGCCUCGGCGCCUUCCAUCUCUCGCCGCCCAUCAUCUGCCUCGAUCGGCCUUGAUUCUCGUUCGGUGUCAGUGUCCGCCUCGGCACGUGGCACUCCUCCCAUUACCCUUCCCGAUGGGCCUUCUGGAGGGGCGUCGGGCUUGGAUCCAAACAAAAUGUGUGGAAUAUGUGGCAGCGCCGAUCAUUUUACUCACAAUUGCAACAAUGCCGAAGCCCAGGCCACGGCUCGUGGACAAUGCUUCCGGUGUGGCAAAACCGGCCAUAGCAAGAUGAACUGCACUACUGAUCGCUGCCUGGAAUGUGGUGCAUUUGGACAUUUGAAGCUCAAUUGUCAGGCCCCACGAUCCAUCACCCCACAGCAAAAAAAUCAGAUUCAGCGCAUAGAGCGCGCCUUCACUCAAAAGAAGCAGCAGAUGGCUGAGCGUCGACGCGAAACACAAAUUGGCGACCAUGAUCCCAAGGUACCGACCAUUCGCACAAGCACUGGCAAGCCCGGCGAGACUACUGGAGGCAAACGGAAGCGACCCGAUAAUGCCAUCUCAGAUGGUCCUAAGGCAUCACGUCCCCGCACUGACAACAAACCACCACCAAAUGCUCCUAAAGGCCCACGAGCACCUCCUGCACCUCCUGCGCCUACUGGUCUCAUCAAGCCAUCUCGAGAUGGACCCGCUUACCCACAAACAAAUCAAGCGCCACCAGACGCCCCGUCGGGACCGAAGGACAUGACUAACCCCAACGGUGGUCAACCAAAGCCUCGUCCCCCAAUGAUGCGCAAGAAGAAACAAGCGGAUCCGUUCAUCCGCCCCAAGCCGCGACAAAGGUAA